CGUCGAUAUCUUGGUUGACUUGCAGGCAUUUAUGUGACUGUAAGAUCCUGGGUCACGGACGAUAGUGCAGUUCAAUCUUUUGCCCUAACUCUGUGACCCUGACGGUGUGCUGCUGCCCGCAAUUCCAAAUAACGUUGCCACCAACGCCCACUAUUAUAAUACGGAUGAACCCAUCUUGCUCCCUUUGUCAGACUGACAAAGAAGAAUACAAGUCCAUGACUAAGGUCGUCCCAUGGCGUUAGGUCGCAAACCUCGUAUAGCGUGUCAGCUUACAACUGGGGCUGGAUGGCAGCCGACUAGCCCGGUUGGGCGCCGCUAGCCUCGCGCAUCAACCCUUAUAAGCGGCCAUGGCAUCCUGCCAGCAUCCUGCCAGCAUCCUGCCAGCAUCAGCAUCCCCGUCAACGUGCAAGGUUGCGCUCCAUCGUGUCAGUCGCAUUCCGCUAAAUGGCAAUCCUCCGUCCCACAGGCAAGGAGCCCCGGCUCCCUGCCCCUCUCGGGGGCCCCCACAAGAUGUUCGACGGCUCCUUCGUCAUCGAGUUCCUGCAGGUACCCGCCGACUUGGACGCUACCGUCUUGAUGCGGGCGACCUAUUUUGGCGCACAUGCUUUGACGAAGCUGGGGAAGCAGCAUCCUCAGGCACCUCCACUACACAUCCACUUCUACCAAGCCGAGUCGUUCAUCGUGGAAUCCGGAGCGGCAGGCACUACCACCACAUACGACGUCAUCGACACCAUCCACACGACCGAGGGAGCAUACCCUCAGACUCUCUCUCGCGGUGGUCGUGCACCACUGCUACCUGCUCGAGUAUCACCCGAUGACCCCUUCUGGUCCACCACCGAAGGCCAAGCAUACGCAAACACUCUCCCUGCAGGCCGACACACCGACACCACCCUCCUGAUCUGGGGCCAUCCGAAGACGCACACCGGCCCGCCGACGGGCACCUUCGCCCGCGACUUCCCCCCGGACAUGGACGCCGCCUUCUUCCUGGGGAUGCUGUCCCUCGUCGACGCGGUGCACGGGCAGCGGCUCGCGAUGAGCCCCGGGCUGGGGGCCACGCUCAUGGCGACGCAGACCGCCAGUGGGGCUGCCAUGAUCGUCGCGCCCAAGGCGUGGUGGCUGGGCCCGCUGCGCUGGGCGAUUCCCUGGUACAUGCAGGUGCUGAUGGAGUGGACGCGGAAGGUGUUUGACCGGCGGAGUGUGGUGCAGCUGGUGGAGGAUGCUAUUGCGAGGGAAGUGGUUAGGAAGCAGUAA